AUUUACAAGCUUUGUAAUAUUGGUUUGUCAUUGUUGUUUUAUGCAUACUUGUGUGUGUAAAUUGCCAAGAAAAACAAAUUGUCAACUGCAGAAGAAUGUGAUGAGCCUUCUCCAUAUGACAACAGCCACCAAACUCAUCAUCACUUACAAAAACAAAUCUUCUUGCAAGACAUUUAAUACCAUAAAAGACUUCGUCGUCCCCCCUUGUUUUUCUUUCAAUAAACAAGCUCCACUUCUUGAGCAUGUCCAGGGAAUAUAGUACUGGAGCUCAAUCGAUAUUCGAACAUGUAUUGAGGACCAUAAUUGUAUCAAGACUUGAUAUAUACCAAUAAUAGCUGAUGAAAAGAAAAUCUCUUCUCUUCAAGAUUCCGCUUGAAAUGGCUGCUCCUCUGCUCUCCUGUCUUCUUUUAGCUCUCUGCAUUCUAUCGGUUUCGGCUGAUGUUUCUGUGAGCAUUGAUUGCGGAUCAUCAGACUCGUACAAGGAUGACAACUUGAUCGUCUGGACGGGAGACGACGAAUACGUGCAGGGCGGGGAAUCCCGUUCCGUGCAAUCCAGUAAUUCAAUCUCCCGUGUGAUGGACACCCUGCGUCUGUUCACCACUCGGAAGAAGAACUGUUAUCACAUCGACUCGGUGAGACAAGGGCGCGUCCUCGUGCGUGCUACGUUUUACUACGGGAACUACGACGGUAAGUCUUCGCCUCCAACGUUUGAUCUCCAGUUUGACGGGAACCACUGGGCCACGGUUCAGACAUCGAGUACGGAGUAUGUUUAUUAUGAGGUGACUUAUGUUAUGAAGAAGGAUACGAUUAGCGUAUGCGUUGCUCAGACGAAUCCAGGGCAGUUUCCCUUCAUAUCCGCCCUGGAAGUGCGCGGGCUGGAGUCGUACAUGUAUGUGAAUGUCGAUGGCAAUUAUCCAUUGUUCUUGAGAAGAAGGGUUGCUUUCGGAUCAAAUGCGACUAUCAGGUUCCCAGACGACCCUUACGACAGAUUAUGGACUCCUGAAGUGAUCAGCCCCGGAAUGAUCCCAGUCCGGAGCAGUGCCCUCUUCAGCAUAGGUUUAAUAUUAGCAGACCGGCCACCACCUGCAGUGCUAAAGAAUGCAGUUACUGCAGUCACCCCUAACUCAACCCUACAAUUGCCCAUGGGAUUCCCACUUGUCCCAGCUCCAGUCUACGUGAAUUGGUACUUCUCCGAGGUCACUGAGUUGGGACCAACCCAAAACCGGUCCUUCAGUUUUUUCAAGGACAAUCAGCCCUUCUCGCAGCCGUUUUCGCCACCUUACGAGAACUGCACUGAACUCUAUACUAGUAACCUCACGGCUUCAGUGAAUACUACGCUUUCGCUUGUGCCAACGAAUUUCACGACGCUUCCCCCUCUCAUCAAUGCAAUGGAGAUCUUUGUCAUUGGAGAUGCGCUAGCCAAUGGAACCAACAACAAAGAUGUGAAAGGCUUAGCUUCUCUGCAAAAAGCUUUUGGUGUAUUACAAGGUUGGAGUGGUGAUCCUUGUCUUCCAGCACCUUAUACAUGGGAUUGGAUCAAUUGCAGCACUGAUCCUGUACCUCGUGUUACAGCUUUGUUUCUUGGAAGCUUCGGCCUCUCUGGGAUUCUUCCAGAUUUUAGUUCCAUGGAUGCUCUGCAAAUAAUAGAUCUGCACAAUAACAGCUUGCAAGGGCCAAUUCCAGAUUUCCUCGGCACAUUACCACAGCUCAAAACAUUGAAUCUUGCAAACAACCAGUUCAACGGUUCGAUACCAGCUUCACUGUCAAACAAAAAUGGCCUAGAUCUAGUGGUGACUGGGAAUCCUAACCUGUGCACAUCUUGUCCGGCUUCGCCCAAGAAUUCAACACAGGGCUCUUCUGGCUGCAGCAAGAAGGACAACAGCAUCUUGGCAAUAAUGUCUGGGGCCAUAAUACCAUCCUUCAUCAUGCUACAGUAUUUCUGGGAAAACUUGCUCUAGCAGCAGCAAAACUUGCAGACUUAUUUCUGGGAUGUUAUUAUGUGUCUCGGAGGAUGAGGGAAAGGAUUUUAUGAUUUUUGCUUAUCUAGGUGAAAUAUAUAUUCUUCUUUGCAUUAUGUACUGAUUGAUGCAUUUGGACUGACUUAUACUCCGUGUAUAUGAAAAUUAUUUGUCAUCUUUUGCUACAUGUUAGACGAUAUCUUAUUCUUGAAAAUAACU